GUUGUUACACUACUUUACUUAAAAGAUGGAAUUCUUUUCUCUAAGAAUAUUUAAGGGAAUGCAGCGCAUGUCGGAAUCAGUGUUUGUGGGGCUGUGUGAGAUAGUGGGGACCUCACAAAUGGUGGCCCUGAGGAGGGAGACAACAGACAUCAAGGAGAUGGUGGAGAGGCAAGUUACACCCAAUGUUUGGACCAUUGUGAUGUUAAGUGGAAGUAGAAGAGAAGGGUUCAGACUGACGGGAUCGGAUGUAGACAAGAUGUGCUGGUCAAACGACCACCGAGUGAUCAUGGACAUGUCUCAGUCUGAGUAUUACAACACAGCCAAUACAACCUUGAUUCUCUCUGACAGUUCUGAGAGUCCACCAGGAUUCACUCUACUUCAGUUAUUGACACCACGAACAAUCAGAAAAGUCGAAUCAGCAUUAGUCAGAAUGAAUGACAGGGUCUACAUAUCUAGUUCUAUAUACAGACAGGUAACUUGUUUGGCAGCAUUUCCCGAUUCUACAGUUCAUGGACCCUGUGCUAGUGGCAAAGUGGUAACAUUGGAAUAUGACAUUGCUUACUGUUUUGUUUGUGACUUUUGGCCUCCGUCUGCCUCCUCGUGGAUAGAUAGAUGUCACUCAUGGCCUAUUCCUGAAGUUGUUGAUGACAUUGUCAGAAAUGGGUGUCACUUUGUAGCAAUAGGACACCCAUUAGGAAUUCAUGAAAAUGAAGAGUGGAGAUUUUCCUUUUCUCAGGCAGAAUAUAAACUUGUGUAUUCAAUGAACCACUGUCAAUUUCUGACAUACGGAUUGUUAAAAAUAUUUUUAAAAGAAGUUAUAGAUCAACAAUCAGAAGAAACCAAUAAACUGUUGUGUUCCUAUCACAUGAAGACAACCGUUUUCUGGGUGAUUCAAAAAAACAUGCUACCUUAUUGGUGUCCACAAAAUCUCCUGACCGGUUUCUGGGUCUGCUUUAAACUUCUCCUUAAAUGGGUGUACAAGGGGAUCUGUCCGAAUUUUUUCAUCCCCCAAAACAACUUGUUUCUGACAAAGGUCAAUGGCUCAGCACAAAACAGAUUGUUCCUACAGUUACAUGAAUUGUACAAGAAAGGUCUAGCUUGUCUGUUACAGAGUUCGUCUAUCAGGUCCUACAUCAUUGAUGUCCUGUACAAUCCCAGACUUUUUAUUUGUACAAAUGAAAGACACACUUUGUCUGAUGUUCAGCAUGAUCAUGAUCUUGUCAGUGAGUCCGAUUUUGGUGCUUUUUUUUCACGAACAACCGUCCUUACCAAAGCCAUACAAAGAGUAAAACAGUUGAUAAAAACAGUAGAACAGUUGGUAGUCUUACCCCUGACACACUAUCAGGCUCUUCCAUUACAGAGACUUACAGUCACAAUAUUUCAGAAUCUUGCCUUUAUAACAUCAAACAAGUACACUUACACCGGUGUCAACAAUCAGAUGUAUAUUGCAGACAAAAUGUCCUGUCAUAUGCUGAAAUUAGCUACUAAGUUUGGGCUAGUUUCUGAUAUGUUGUACAUUGCUAUGUAUUAUUACAAGACACUCAGGUACAGGGAAGCUUUAUCUGUUUUAGAGAUGACAAAGGUCAAGUUAGCACGGCCAUAUCUGAUGUAUGAAUAUGUUGUAGACGGAGAGAGGUAUACUGAGGCUGUAGGGGGACAAUCCUUGUCUACAAAGAUGAGACAGGCUGUAGCAAGGAAUAUCAUACUUCACAAUGUUAUCUGUUCUAUCAGUGAACUGAUCCCAGAGCAACAGUCUGCUAUACAGAACGGACAGACUAUAUUAAUUAUCCCAGUGUUUGUAAUGUUACACUUCGUAGAGUUCUUGUGUUACAGACACAUUGAUACAACACUAUCACAAGCAGCUCUCGAUGAGCUACAGGUCCUAGUCCACCAUAAUCAGGGACUAUAUAUAUAUGAUCUACACAGAGAUAUCUCAUGGGAAAUCCUGGGGAUCUGUCAACAGAUGGCAGGGAACCUCCAGGCUGCUCUAUACUCAUACCAACAGUCACUCACACAGCAUCCAUCGCACGGAAUACAAACUGCUACACAUAUGAGAAUACAAGAUGUUGUCAGUCAGUUAAACAAUUGA